GCGCGCGCAGGCCCGCGCUCGCGGGCCGGAAGCGCUCGCGCAGCGCAGCUUCCCCUCAACGUUGUGGGGGGGGCAGUGGAGGCGGCGCCAUCUUGGCGGAGCCGUGCCGGGAGCUGCGGGACCCGUCCGAGCGGCGUGUCCGUUAAGUUGAUUUUACAGAAUUUAUCAGGUCUCCAAAGCAGAAACAGGUGAUUUUUGCUGUGGGUUGAGCUCAGCAUGGCUGUAGUCAUCCGUUUACAGGGGCUUCCUGUUGUUGCGGGUCCUCCAGAUAUUCGUCGUUUCUUCUUGGGAUUGAAUAUUCCUGAUGGAGGUGUGCAUAUUAUUGGAGGAGAGAUUGGGGAGGCUUUUAUUAUAUUUGCAACAGAUGAAGAUGCACGGCGUGCCAUGAGCUGUUCAGGAGGGUUUAUCAAGGACUCGCGCAUAGAGCUGUUUCUCAGCAGCAAGGCAGAGAUGCAGAGUACCAUAGAAAUGAGCCGGAAACGAUUUGACCGUGGGGGACGAGAAACUAUGUCUGGCUCUAGAAGAACAGGCACUAAUGGUUCUAGUACAUCAAGUGUUGGAGAUAUACCACACUUAGUUACAGCUUCUCCUAAAGGAAUGAGAAAACCUAGUUACGGGCCGCCAAAUCGCCUGGAGGCUGGUUUCCAUACCAACGGCACAAGAUACGGUGAUAUGGGUAUACCUAAGUCAAACUAUCAGAUAAGAAAGGAUUCUCACCCAUUUAACCCAGAUGAUCGUUACUUAUUUCUACGUGGUAUACCUUACUCUGCAACAGAAGUUGAAGUACGUGCUUUCCUUUCGGGGAUACAUGUGGAUGAAGUGAUUCUGAUAAAGCACCGUAAUGGUUUAAACAAUGGUGAUUGCUUGGUAAAAUGUGCUACACCUGGUGAUGCCUUAGAAGGACUUAAACGUCAUAGACAAUACAUGGGUCAGAGGUUUAUAGAAAUUAGUCCAACCACAGAGGAGCGGUGGAUUGAAUGUGGUGGAAUGAUAGACAUGCCAGAUGAAAUGGAUCACUUUUUGUGCGAAGAGCAUUCUCCAAGAAGUUCAGGCUACAUGCAUUCACGGAAGCAUUCUCGUUCAAGGUCACCAAGGAGACAAAGAACACAUUCUCGUUCAUCUCCCACCCAGGAGUAUUACAUACACUUAAGAAAUCUAUCUUUUAAUGUGGAGAAGAGAGAUUUGAGAGAUUUUUUUCCUGAUCUAGAUAUACACAGCAAACAGAUCAAGAUUCUAACAGAUAAGCAUCAGAAAAGGACUAGAGAUGCCUUUGUGGUGUUAAGGAGUGAGAGAGAAUAUCAGGCUGCUUUGGAAUGUCAUAGAAAGGUUCUUCUCAAUCGUCCUGUGUACAUUUUUCCAAUUUCAAGAAAGUCAAUGUUGAAAAUAAUUGACUCUUGUGAGAGGAAAAGAUCACUGGACAGAGAUCAUCUUGGACAGGCCAUAUCAGAAAAAAGUUACCGGGAAGGUCAUUCCAGCCCUAAGACUUGUGUUUAUGUAAGGAAUUUUCCAUUUGAUGUGUCAAAAAUUGAAGUGCAAAAAUUCUUUGCAAGGUUUGAUAUUGAUGAAGAUGAUAUUUACUUGCUCUAUGAUGAAAAAGGAGUUGGACUGGGAGAAGCACUAGUGAAGUUUAAAUCUGAAGAACAAGCCAUGAAAGCAGAAAAUUUAAAUCGUCAAACAUUUUUGGGAACAGAAGUAUUAAUAAGACUUAUAUCUCAAGAUCAGAUGCAGAAGUUUGGUGUACCUGCACCAUUAUCUGCACCAAAUGAAAUGCAUGGUCAUUCACAUCCGUAUGACAGAGUUGACCUCUCCCGUCCAGUUGGUUCACCAUCUGGGCCACCACAAGGGCCACCCAUGCAUUCAUUUGGUCCCCCUGGGAACUUCAGGCAUCAUUCUGAAUUUAGACAUCCCCCUGAGGACUUCAUGUGCCCUCCUAAGGAUUUUAGGGGUCCACCACCCCUCAUGGAUUUUGGUGGUGACAGUGAACCUUUUGGCAGAAUGGAGUUUGGGAAUAAUAAAAUGGGAAAUUUUCCUGAAGGAAGAUUUAUGCCAGAUCCAAAUUUCAGUGGUGGUUCUGAACGUGUUGUUCCUAUUCUAUUGAAAAAUUUACCUUUUAGAGCUACGCCUAAUGAGAUUCUGGAUUUUUUCUAUGGCUACAGAGUAAUACCAGAGUCAGUUUCUAUGCAGUACAAUGAAUAUGGAUUACCAUCUGGUGAUGCCAUCGUUGCUAUGACAAACUAUGAGGAAGCUAUGGCUGCUAUUAAUGAACUGAAUGAUAGGCCCAUUGGUCAACGGAAAGUUAAGUUGAGUUUGCUGUAGAGGAAAAGAUGCUCUAAUAACACAUUCUAGGUUUGACAGUAUUAACAGUUAUUUUAACUUUUAAUUACUGGAAGAUGGAAAACACUUUCCAUCAACGGUUGUAAAUAAUACCCAGUUCAGUUGUUUAGCUCUUGGUUGAAAUACCUGUAGGACAUUGAAUGUCAUACAUCAAGGUGUAAAAGGAUGGAGUUGUAAUGCUUUGGGUUUUGGGUUUGUUGGUUUUGGGUUUUGUUUUUGUUUUUUUUUUUUUUUUUUUAAAGGUUAAUUUCAGCCUUAUGUCUUUGCAUCAAAUAAAAACAUAAGUGCUGGUUGACUGACCACACAAACGGUUCAAAUAGAAAAUUUUCAGUGCUACCUGAACUAAUAAAUGACACUUCUUAUUGAGGUUAGCUUAAUAAAAUUUUAAAAAUUACUGAUUUUUUUUUUUUUUGUUUCUUUUUGUGUAAACCUUUCAGGUUUUAUUCGGUUUUAUGUGUUUGGAGGCAUUCCUGUUUAAGAGCUUCCUGUUCUCAUUAGCUGGCUUUGCAACUUUUUUAUAAUAAAAAGGAAAUUGCCAUUUAAA